AUGGCUAAAAAGGCAAUGGCUGCUAAACCUAUAGCCACACUUCCACCACCUCGACCAACGCCAAGCCCUGGUACGACUGCUCAAACCAACACAAAACCAUCACAAGCAGUGUCAUUCAUUAAACCGAAACCCUUCUAUACCUACGAUAGACCUCCAGGUUCGCGUCGAUCUAUACCUGGAAUAGGUGAACCGGGUUUCCCCAUCGAUGAAGACCCUACUUACGCCGGUGAAGAAGAUCCAAGGAAAUAUGGAGCCAUGGCUGGAUUAAGGAAUCCUGAUUAUUCUGCAGAUUACCCGGCUGGGCAUGCAUCUAACAUACAAUUUGCAAUACCUGGGGAACAAGAAAACCGAGUAAUGAAACCGUUUAGCUCUGGAGCGCUUAGAAGUGGACCAUCGGGUGGAGCGCCACCGUCUCGUAAUAUGCCAGGUGGUCCGCCUGGUUAUGGUGGACCGGGAGGUUCACCUGAAGGUGGACUUAGAAGUUCAGUUGUAAGACGUGGACCUGGGCGCCCACAUGGAAAUGGUGGUCCUGGGAAUUCGCCUGGAUAUGGUGGGCCUGGUGGUCCUGGAAAUUCACCUGGCUAUGGUGGGCCUGGUGGUCCUGGGAAUUCACCUGGCUAUGGUGGGCCUGGUUUUCCUAGGAAUUCACCUGGAUAUGGUGGGCCUGGAGGUCCACCUGGGUACGGAGGACCACCAAGUCCACCAGGUUAUGAUAGACCUAGAGGUAAUCCUGGAUAUGGUGCACCUGGUGGUCCACCACCAUUUCGCGGACCACCUGGACUGGGUGGACAGCCCGUUUAUAAUCCUGCACGUAUGGGACUUAGAGAAGGAGGUCAGCCAGAUUAUCUCAAUAGAGAAGAAGAAAAUAUGGUGCGGAUGGCUGAAGCUAUUUUGGAGCGUGAUUAUCCAUCACUAACGGUUAAUUCUGGAGAAAGAGUCAAGAUGUUUGAAAAAGAGCUUGGAGAGAAAGUAAAGAAACUACAAGCUAAAGGAUAG